AUGGCAACAAUCAGGAAUCUGAAGAUCAAGACAAGCACUUGCAAACGCAUAGUAAAGGAGCUGCACUCGUAUGAGAAAGAGGUGGAAAGAGAGGCUGCCAAGACAUCCGAAAUGAAAGACAAGGGAGCUGACCCUUAUGACCUGAAGCAGCAGGAGAACGUGCUGGCCGAAUCUCGCAUGAUGAUUCCAGAUUGCCAUAAGCGCCUCGAGGCUGCACUGGCUGACCUGAAGGCAACUCUUGUGGAGAUGGAGGAAUCGGGUGAGAAAGGACCCGAAGUCGAUGAUGCUCGAACUACUCUUUCGGAAGUGGAGCAGUUGUUUGGCAAAGGAGAUGAUGAUGAUGCUUAG